AUGACAGACGAGAAGACUGCAUCGGACUGGCUGGCUAGCCAGUCACUGCCAUGGCCCAAACGACACUCCUCCCUGAAAGUAGGCCCCCAAAUAAGCGUAUCAUAAUAAGCGGGUGUCAAAUUAGCGGAAACAGCUUUCUUUCUUUAGGUUAACCAAUAUGUGCUCCUCUCCAACCUUCACACCGACUCGCACGACCGUUGGGCACAGUGGCGCGAGACCACGUAAGUUCCGAUCUGAUUUUACUAUGCCCAAGGCCUGUUUCCGUGGGCCAUAUACUGUGAGAAAUGUAAGUAGAUAGCCGUUAUUGAUGUAGUAGUAAGUGAAAACAGUUAACAUCUUGUUGUGCUGGACUACGGUAGAAUGAACUUUACUCAAAUUUCUGUUUUGCAGCUUCUGGUGACGCAAACUCCAGAAUCAAAAGUUGUUUUUAUUAUUUCUGGACUAAAUUUAGUUUUUGUAGGGUUUGAUGCAUCAAAACUUAAAAAAACAUUACUUGUAAUAUCAUAUAAAUUGCUAUGGUGUUCAAAAUUGUUUUGUAGCUUCAUAACUGAAUAAUGGCUUUUGAACUAUAAAUUACGCUUUUCAAACUAAUGUAUACUUCUCUAUGACUACAACAAUAUGCUUUGCAGGGAACUCCCCGAGAACUGUGUCGGCGGAUCGAGUUGGGUAAUCAACGACUUGGACCUGUACCAGGCCAGUCCGCUAGUGUCGAAGCGGUCGUUGGACAGCGAUCAUAUGCGUUUAAAGGAGAUUAAUCGAAUUAAGACUAAGACGAGCAAAACAUGGCCGGCUGGACUAGACAAACAUAGUAAGCUCUUUUUUGGCCCAAUUUGGAGGUCGCGCAACAAUGGGCCGGUCGGCCUGAGGGCGAGAGAAGAGGCACUUCGAACAGCCCAAGGAAAAGAUAAGCGGCCCAACAAUUGCGUGUUGGGAGCUGAUCGGGCGGGGAGAUUGAUGGGGCAGCAGGUCGACGCCUGUCCCUCUUACCUCUACUAUAAGAUAAGUGGGGCAUCUGGGACCCAUCAUCUUUUUAUGCGGCUACACAUGUCUUUUACGAUGUUCCAGAAGACUCGCUAUUAAUCACCAAUCAGCACGACCUUACCUGGGGGAUUAUUGUGGGAUUACAGCCACUGACAGCCGGGGCGGUCGUUUCCUGUUACAAAAACAAACGUCCUGCAAUUAGGGCUUGUUUUCUGGAGUACGGAAACGUUGUUGUCGUUGACACCGAAAACAAAUUGAUAAAUUGCUGGAUGAUAUAGUGGCACAUUUUGUUUUCGGGUUCAAACCCUAUUUGUCGGAAAAACAGCUAUCACUUGCGGCAUUCUUGACGGCCAAGAGAUCCGUAAGAGAUCCCUCUAAUCUCUCCUUUUCCGGGCGGGAAACGCCGUUCCCCUUGAGGGGGUUUAUGAGGUCGAAAAGGGCCCGGAACGAAGCUAAUAAAACCUGGUCAACACAUUCCAUUUACAGUCGUUUCCCACCGGUGCCGCACUUUGAGGACACUUAUGGGUGUGGGACCAGUCUAUAUCACAUAUGUCAUUUCUCGUUUGGCGGUGUUCGAUUACGGCCAGCCAUUCCUGUCGCGCCCCCUGAAUUAAUUUGAUCUCGGCUAUGGCGGAUUGCAGCGAUUCCAGCACAAAACCCCCGAGGGCAGUAUGGCUCUCUGUUGAGCAUGACCAGCGCUUAAACAUGGCCAAGAAGAUGAUGCGGCCCAAGAUCUCGCUAGACUCCGCUCCCGACUGUACUGAUUCUCAUUUAGGCCAGGACCAGCUGCUGGAUGUCGACGCCCGAGGCCGGAAGCACUUGUGGUCCUUGUCGCCAGCCGCCUUCCACCAGAGCUUCGAUGACCGCCUCAAGAGCUGUGAGGAGGCCGUCUUCUCCAACUCGUGCAGCAACAUCGAGGAGCAGGUAAUUUGCAUUUGAAUGCCCUCGAGGCAUGCUUGUUGAAAUUUGACAUUUUCAGAUGAAAAUACAUCUGACAUUAGCUGACAGCCGGCUAAUUUCGUUUUGUGACAUUUUGAGUAUUGUUCGGAGUGUUUUUUGGCCGUCGUCUUGGCCCAAUUUGAUUGGAAACAGAUUUCCCGGCCUUUGAUUUACUUUUUUUUUACUUUUUUAUGGCAGUUUACUGGCGUGGUCCAAUAGUGCGUAGAAGCCCCUUUGUGCCAUUUUCGGUAUUAUAGUAUAGUUUACAAAAACAUCUUACGUCUGACUGAGGUAGUGCAGCAAGGGAAGCCAAUGUUAGUGAUUUUUCUGCUAAACAUGACUUCACUUAGCAUUUUGAAAUUGGCGAAUUCUCUGUAUUUGUUGACCAAAACAGUCGAUUUAGAACCAAAAAUGGGAAUUACUGUUUGUUGUUGUUUAUGUUAUGCGCAAUUCACACGGCGAGUUUGGCAUUUUUAUUUUGGGCAUGCUUUUAUGACCUCAUGAAGAAUUAAUGACCGAGAAAGAGCAACAAACUCGUCUUACAUUCCGUUAUGGGGGUUGUUUGUAGAUGGGGUAGGAAGUCAUGCGGUAACAAUGUCAACAGAUACGGCCAAUGUAAACAUGCGUUUGACAUAAUUUAUGACACAAAUUCAAGGUUGCGAGCAGGUCACGGAAGUCGAUGCCGAAAUGUCACAAAACAAAAAUUCAAAUUUUGAAAAUUUAAAUUUUUAAAUUUAAAAAAAUUCAAAAAUAUUUUAACAAAUUUUUUGAAAUUUCAAUAAAAACAACAUUUGACAUUACUUUAAGGUGCGACGAGAUCACGGGCGACGAACGCGACGAGCGGGGUUCUGUUCGGGCGACACGAGCAAAGGCCCCAUGCCCGGAGGCUACGGUUUCUCGGGCAACGACGGUAAGUGUAAUCCGCGUGAGUCAGGGAUAAGUUAGGAGACGUUACAGCCAGAGGCAAUUAAGUCGCUUCUGACUUUAAUUUGAGUUCAGUUUACGACCUGAGGGCGCGGAGAGUCGAGAGAUGCCAUGAUUGAAUUAAAGAAGUGCGGCCGCGUCAUCGGCCGCUCUUCUGAUUUCCGAACACUUUUGGGCCUAAUCCAGGUGCUUUUUGACUGCUACGGUACUUCGCACCAUUACUUUGGGUUACUCGUUGUUUUUUAAAAAUUUUUGUUAUUUUCAACCACUCUUUUAUUACCGAUGACAUUGUUAUUAUUAGCUAGCCAAACAAUGACAUUUUACAAUAGUCACCAUAACAAUUACUGUAAAUACCAUAUGUAAUUGUUAAUUUGGGAUUAAGAUUAGUAAAAAGCAGUAUUUAUAACUUUUAAGAAAGAUUUUCAUGUUUAAGGUCGUAAAUAGAGUUUUACAUCGGUAGAUAUUAAAAUUACUUUUAAUCCGUUUUUACACUCUUUGCACGACUUACAUUUUACCUUGUAGUAACACACCAGUGUAAACCUUUGUUACUGCGUUUGGUAAUCGCGUGCCCAAAGUGUAGUUGUUUCAUUUAAAGAUUGUAAAGCAAGCAAAGCAGUCAAAAACACUCGGAGCCCUUCCUAAAACAACAUGGCAUCCACGUCCAACUCGCUCCAGCAGCUUCGUACUGGCUCCACGCUGAUGCUGCUCGAGCCUCGCGAGUACGAGUUACCUCCGCGUCGGCUGAGUGCCAGUUCGGCCAUAGGGCCACGGUCAAGGCCUUGUACUCCAGAUGUGCCAGUCAGUCACAACUACAAAUUCGGCCCUUACAGUCUGUUGCCCAUGUCGCUAACAAUAACUGUUUAGGUUUGUCUUCAGGAGGCACAAGGCCCCCCAACCUCGGGGGCAGAUCGCCCCAAUCCUCGUUCGACUCAAAUGGCGACGUCGGUCAGGUUACACUUAAUUUGAUGCGGGUAAAUGGCACCAUGCCGGGAUUCAAGACACUUCUCGCCUCCAGUAACAGCAACUCGCCGGGUUCGCUUCAGCGGAAUCAGAAUCUGGGUAAGUCUACAGUAUUGUUAGACAAAGACCAUUGUAUCGAGCAGGUUAUUGCAAAAAGCAGGCUAUUUAGUGUUAGUCGUAUUUAUUUACUUUGUGAUAACGCGGUUAACUAUAAUAUUAUUAACGCUUUUGUUAUUCAGCACGAGAAGCUUUGUCCAAGUUCAGUACUGCGACUCCGCCGAUAGCCCCUCAGGUCAUUUGUGGAGAGUUUGUGAAGCGGAAAGACAGUCUGGGACGGCCACGGAAAGAAUCUGAUGUCGUGAUUCUGCCAGAGAACGGUAAGAUCGGUUACUGUACUUUGAGUGACAUAAUGAGUUCAGAAGUAGGGUUUAAAUUGUAA